GCCCGCCAGGGGGCGUGGCCGCAGCCCCCGGCCCAGGAGGGAGGCGGCGGGAGCAAGAUGGCGGCGCGAGUGCUGCUGCGGGGGAGCCUGGCGGGAGCGCCCGCCGUGCCGCGCCUGCCGCCCGGCGCUGGGCUGGCCCUCAGGCUCAGUGCCUGUGCUGUUCCCUGCAGGGGCCUGGGCUCCUCGGCCCGCAGCUCCCGCGAGGACAGCUGGCUGAAAUCGCUCUUUGUGCGCAAGGUGGAUCCCAGGAAAGACGCGCACUCCAACCUGCUGGCCAAGCGGGAGACCAGCAGCCUGUACAAACUGCAGUUUCACAACGUCAAACCUGAAUGUCUAGAGGCCUACAACAAGCUCUGUCAAGAGGUGCUGCCAAAGAUUCAUGAAGAAAAACACUACCCUUGUGCUCUGGUGGGGACUUGGAACACGUGGUACGGAGAGCAAGAUCAGGCUGUUCAUUUGUGGAGAUAUGAGGGAGGUUACCCAGCUCUCAAUGAGGUCAUGAGCAAACUUCGUCAAAAUAAGGAAUUCACAGAAUUCCGUAAGGAGAGGGGGAACAUGCUCCUCUCCCGUAAGAACCAGCUCCUGCUGGAGUUCAGCUUCUGGAACGAGCCUGUCCCCAGAGAUGGCCCUAACAUUUAUGAGCUGAGAUCCUACCAACUCAGACCUGGGACAAUGAUUGAGUGGGGCAAUUACUGGGCUCGUGCGAUUCGGUUCCGCCAGGACAGCAAUGAAGCCGUCGGGGGCUUUUUCUCCCAGAUUGGGCAGCUCUACAUGGUCCAUCACCUCUGGGCUUACAAAGACCUGCAGACCAGGGAGGACAUCAGGAACGCAGCGUGGCACAAACCCGGCUGGGAUGAGCUGGUUUAUUACACAGUGCCCCUUAUUCAGGAGAUGGAGUCCAGAAUCAUGAUACCCUUGAAGAUUUCUCCACUUCAAUAAAGUCACUGAUUUUCUCGUGCCUACAUAGAUGAAGUGACAAGUAUUUGUCUUAAUUUAUGGUAUACACUGUAUAUCAUAGUCUGAAAUAUAAAAGUACUGUAUUGAGCUUAUAAAAGAGACCUCUUUUCUUCAGAACCCACGACCUUGUGCUCUUAGGGGGGGAGAAAAUAACUCCAGGACUGUGAUGAAAAGGUUGGGGAAUUGCAAACAAGUCCAAAUGUGUGGGCCAGGUCCCCAGGUAAUGUGUGACCCACAGGAUCUGAGAUCUGCUGCUGCACAGGCACUGCCCAGAGCUCUGCUGUGAGCAUUCCAUGACUGCAGCUUUCCAAAACAAACGUGGGAGUGACGGGAGAAGCUGUGGAGAAAUGAGAAUUUCAUUUCAGGCUGUGAAACGAGCGGCUCUGGGGUUGCUGUGGAAUCACCCCUGGCUGGUGGAGCAGGCAAAAUCUGCAUUAUUAAGCAGGCAGUCAUUAAUUUGGGCUAAUCCUGUGUGCCUUGUGGGCAGCAAGGGGCACUGCAGGGUCUCAGAGCACAGCUUUGUGUGGAACCUCCCUGGAGCGGAUCCACGCAGGGCCCUGCAGACACUGCCUGAACACCCUGCAGGGAUCACCCCGCCCCAAGGACUCCCCAAACAGCUCCAGGCUCUGGGAAAAGGGGUUGAAUUUCAUAAGCAGAGGCUGGCAGGGGGCUGCAGGCCCCGUGGCUGGGUUGCUGUGAGGCUGGGCUCGGCGUUUCCGUGUACCAUGGUGUCCAGUUCUGUUUUGGUUUCACUUCUAGGCUAGAAUGUGUCCACACUUCUUGGUGUCUGCAACGAUGUGAACAUCCUGUAAGUGACAAUGAUAUUCUCUUUCUCUCUCUCUCUCUCUCUCAAGUGGCUCCAAGAAUCAGUGUAACAUACUGAAUGUACAAAUCAGUUCUGAAUGUCCAGUUUGUACAUCUCAAGAAGUUUUCAGGAAGAACAUAUCGGUCAAUAAAAACCUUUUAAUUUUCA